UAUAUUUUGUUAGUCCGUUGGCUUUACAUGUUACAAGUGUACAUCCGGGCUUGUUACGCACUUCCGGGUCGGAGCUCGUGGCGGCAUCAAGUGUUUUUGACGUCGCGGAACAUUUACAAAAUAUGUCUGGAAAUAUAAGUUAAUCCUUACUCUAAAUGAGCAGCAAGAUGGCGGGCUCCUCCUGUGUGACACGCACACUUCUCCUCGCCUUCAAGUCCCGCACACAAGUUCGGCUUUGCUGCACAUUCCCAACGCGACUGGCUUCUCCUUCAUACACCACUUGGACUCCAAGUCGACCUCCGCCAGGCCACAUCUGGACGCAGCAGACCCGCUCGUACAGCCACGUGACUGCCAGACGUCAAGCGGACUAUUUGGCCACAACUGAUGUGCAUCAAUUAACACUAAUUGAGGAUGCUGGACAACAGAAUACAUCAUUAGACUUGGAUGCUGUGAGUGCCCCGAGGGCGUUGGAUGAGAUCAGCGAUGAGGAGGCAGUUAACAUGCUCCUCCCACCUCCCAUCCCGCCCACCUCCACCUCCCUCCAGGACUAUGUGGACCACUCAGAGACCCUGACCAAGCUGGUGCAGAUGGGGGUCCCCCUGUGGAAGCUGCAGCAGAGACCCCACGUGGGCUCCAUGCUGCUCCGGCUGGACUUCCACACCCAGGUGGCCCCCAGGCUGCUCUUCCUCAAGGAGACCGGCGUGGAGGACUCGCUCCUGGGUCAGGUGGUCUCGCUGAACCCCUUCAUCCUGACGGAGGACCUGGACAACCUGCGGGCCAGAGUCCACUACCUGAGGUCCAAGAAGUUCCCUGCUGGGGAGGUGGCCUCCAUGGUGUCCAGGGCUCCUUAUCUCCUCAACUUCAGUGUGAAGAGGCUGGACAACCGCCUGGGAUUCUACCAGCAGCACCUGGGCCUCAGUGCUGCCCACACUCGUCAGAUCCUGGCUCGACUUCCCAAGUUGCUGUGCGGCAGUUUGGAGCCCGUGAAAGAGAACCUGAAGGUGUGUGAACUGGAGCUGGGCUUCAAGACCAAGGAGAUCCAGCACAUAGUCCUGGUCGUCCCCAAAGUCCUGACCGCCAACAAGAAGAAGCUGACCCAGAUCUUCCACUUUGUCCACAACACCAUGAAGGUGCCGCACCACCUGAUCGUCAAGUUCCCCCAGGUGCUGAACUCCAAGUUUCUGCGCAUACGAGAGCGCCACCUGUUCCUGCAGUACCUGGGCAAAGACCAGUACGACCCCGCCCAGCCCAACUACGUGUCCCUCCAAAACCUGGUGUCGCUACGAGACCAGUCUUUCUGCACCGAGGUGGCCCAGGCCACCUUGGAGGAUUUUGGCUUGUUCCAAAAGACACUUUAGGACUCUACCACCAGUCUGUAAAUAUGUGCUGUAUAUGAAGUAUUAUUAUUAUUAAAGAUGCUUUUGCUUUG